AUGGCGAGUGGACGGAGGUUCAUCGGGAAGUCAAAGCCCUCACAACACAACACAGAGCACAUACACGUAACUUCAUACUACGUCUCAAACCUUCCAUUUGGAAUCAAGAAAUUCAAAAUAACAAAGGAGUUUGAAAUUUUUGGGAAGGUGGUAGACAUAUACAUCGGUGGGAAGAAAGAUAAAACUGGUUCUAUCUUUGCUUUCGUAAGAUUUGAAGGAGUAAGGGACGCAAAAACACUGAAGAAGGAAAUGUCAAGAGUCAGAUGCCACUAUAUACUCAAAGUUAACAUCGCCAGAUACCAAAAACAGUCCAAACCCAAUAUUGGUUUUGAGGCGAUGCGGAGACCGCCGCCUCCUCCCUCCCCCCCCCCCCCCCCCCUACACACCUACAACAUCCCAAACCCUAUGUGUUUUGUGGUCACAGAUCAUACACAGAAGCAGUGGCAGCUGAAGGUCGCCUAG